AUGGCGGCCCGUUCCCAUUGCCCCACGCGGCCAAGCCGAUCAGGCGUUGCGGCUUGCGCCAUGGCCUGCGGUGCAGCAGGACUCACUUUCACACUGGCCUCGCGGCCUGCGACGCAGGCUACGGAGGCGCCCCCUCGGACGGUCCAAGGCGUGACCACCACGCCGGAGGGCCUUGCGGCUUCUGCCGCUCCACUGGCCGUGGGCCUCAUGGGCGGGCUCUCGCUCGCCUCCUCACGCUCUGCGCGCAGACUGGCGGCCCGGAGGGCGACGAACCCGGAGCUCACGGAAGACUUCGACGAUGAGCCACCCUUCGAGAUCCGCGGCUUCUCCCUCGCGCAGUUCAUCUUGGUCCUAGGAUUUGUUCUCGUUGUCGUGUCCUUUGCUGACUACUUUAUCUUCGGGACCAGGGGCGGAGGUGGAGGCAUAGGCGGCCUCACCUUCAUCUAUGCCGUGCCGGUUCUCUUGCUUGGUGCAGCUCUGCAAUAUGCAGAGCUGCAGCCCGUGGAGGUAGAGACCGACAACGACGCCGUCGGACUCUUCGAGUCGAAAGCCACGACGACCAUUCGGAAGGUCAAGUCGGACGUGACCCGGCACCGCUACGGGGACGACGCGCACUUAGACUCUUCGCUGAAGGCGCUGGGCCUCGUCGGGGCUGGUGGCAGGUAUCCCAAGAUGGUCAAGAUCAUUGAGUCGAAGGCCCCCAAUGGGGAGCUGGCAUUCCGGAUGCUCUUCGAGUCCAAGGAUUUGCCGUUCACCACCUGGAGUGACCCGAUGACGCCUGGCAGACA